UUCAGAGUACUUUCCAUUGCUCAGCAUUAAGUUUGGACGUUUGUCUGAUAUUUAUCGGUUGAUUUCUAGCUUCAAUCGAAGAAUAAAUAAGGUACUGAUUUUCGUUCUGUCUAGACUCGCUGUAUGAAAAUCCAUUUUUCCCCUCUAUUUCGUCCAAUUAUCGCAAAUAUUUGGUUUUACAUUUUUUUCACCUACAAAAUUGAAAAAUUUAUUUUUCUCAGGCAAUUUCAGUCCCCUAAUUCAACCAGGUGGCUUCCAUUUUCACCCUGGAGUAAUUAUUUGACAAUUACAACAUUACGUCAUACACGACUCUAACGCUUGAUAGUUGUAAGUGUUUUAUCUAUCCACUAUUACAUCAUCAUCAAUAGAUUAAUCUCUUCUGGAGUAAUAACAGCUAUAUUUUUAUCAACAUCAUAGUAUCAAACUCUUUUUUCUCUCUUCAUCAAUUGCGCAUGAACAGCCUUACUAAUAAUAUAAUACAACAGUGGCUUCUGGGUAAAGUACGUGUAGAAAAUCAAAAUGGCAGACUAGAUCUGUAGAAACGCUUAUUAUCCCAAAGAUAUUUGAAAUUUCCAAUAUUCCAAAUACACUGUGCGUAAAAAUAUAUCAAUUAAGAAUUCAUAUCUACGUGAAAAUAAUUUUAAAAAUCACGACUGAAAAUGAUUUGCAAAUGAAUUGGGAGAAAGUGGAGGUAAUGAAUUCUUUCGAUUUUUAAAAAUUCUUGUACAUAUUACGCUCUCUCUCAUUUACGUGAUUGCGCGGUGGGUGGGUCGGUGGGAGGACGGUCGGCGGGCGAGUGGGUGUGUGGGUGGUUGGGUGGUCGCGAGGUGGCGAGGGCGCGGGAGGGACUUCGGGGAGAGACAGCGAUAAUAUUUGCGCGUGCGUAGAACGGCGUACAGCAAUGGCGGCGUCAAAAUGGUGUUGGAAUAUAGUGUUUUGUGGGGGGGCAAUGAGUUUGAGGGGGGGCGGGUAAAGGAUGAGUGCGCGCGUUGCACGACGGGAAGAUGAAAAUGAAGUGAUGGAGAAGGGCGACGAGGGGGUGAGGUGAAACGAACGAGUCGAGUUCACAAAAUGGCGGCCGAGCUCUGGCCCUCGACCAUAUAGUACGUGAAAAUUCGAUAUUUUUGUACGAUGUUGGGGAUUUAUAUGCGGUAAAAGUUGGAAUAAUCCGGAUGCGUGUUUAUAUUUGAAAGACAAAUCAUUGAAAUAUCGAUUAAUAGUUAGUUAUUGUGGGUGAUAUUGUAACUGAGAUUGAGACGCGUAGACGGGAACGAUGCAGAAAAUCAUAGAAUCUGAAUCUGGCAAAGAGUCCGGAUCAGAUUCCGACAAUGAAAGUAAAAGUGACAGCAGUUCGUCAGCAAGUAAUUCCAAUUCCGAUGGUUCUGGAAGUGACAGUGACUCCAGUUCGUCGAGUGCCUCUGGUUCAGCAUCAGCCUCUGAAUCAGCUAAAUCAGAUAAAUCCGAUGCACCUGCACAAAGCGAUAGUUUCCAGAGCAAAAGCUCAAAUCACAGCACCGAAAGUAAACACAGGCAUAAGGAUACUAGUCGUGAGUGGGACGAGAAUCCAGAUAUCUAUGGAAUCAGGCGUUCAGGUCGAUCGAGGAAGGAGCCAGAGAGGCUCACAGCACCUCGUGAAAGCGACAGCGAUAGUCGCAAGAAACAUAAAAAGAAGAGUUCUCAAAAUUCGUGGAAUUCCGAGAGCUCGGAUUCGGAGUCUGAGGACUUUGAUUCACGAAGAGCACCACCACCUAGUAAAUCCAUAAAUCGUCGUGCAGCCCAGAAGGCUAAAGAAAAUGCACGCUCAAGGAAGAAACGAGUUUCGGAGUCAUCCGAAAAUUCUUCAUACGACAGCGAUGACAAUCGGAGACAAGUAACAAGACGGGCUGGCACAUCAGUCAGUUACAAAGAGCAGAGUGAGGAGGGAACGGACAGUGAGGAUCUUGUGGAGGUGGAUGAAACAACAUCGGCGUCACAAGCUGAACCUGAUAAUGCCGAGACGAUCGAGCGCAUAAUAUCCCAGCGUCGAGGUAAAAAGGGAAUAACUGGUAAUGUAACCACUGUUUACGCUGUUGAGGAGAAUGGAGAUCCAAAUCCAAAAGAAUUGACCAAGGAAGAGAGUGAAACGCAGUACCUGAUUAAGUGGAAAGGCUGGUCCCAUAUUCAUAAUACAUGGGAGUCCGAGGAUUCCCUGAAGGCACAGAAAGUCAAGGGUAUGAAGAAAUUAGAUAACUUCAUAAAACGAGAGAGAGAUAUCAAACAGUGGCGUGAUUUUGCUGGGCCAGAGGACAUUGACUAUUACGAGUGUCAGCUCGAGCUCCAGCAAGAGCUCCUCAAGAGCUACAACAAUGUUGAGAGAAUAAUCGCUGAGUACCGUAAACCAGAUUCAAAUCAUCCCGAUUAUUACUGCAAGUGGGAGAGUUUACCUUAUGCGGAGUCGACGUGGGAGGAUGGUGCACUCAUAAUAAAGAAAUGGCCUGAGAAGAUCAAGGAAUUCCGGGACAGAGAGGACUCCAAGCAAACGCCGAGUAAACACUGCAAGGUAUUGAAGUAUCGACCGAAAUUUCAUCAGCUCAAAGGACAGCCUGAGUACAUGGGUAAAGGAAAAGAGCUGAUUCUCCGGGAUUAUCAGAUGGACGGUCUCAACUGGAUGAUACACUCCUGGUGCAAGGAGAAUAGUGUGAUAUUGGCUGACGAGAUGGGUCUGGGUAAAACAAUUCAAACGAUAUGCUUCCUCUAUUAUCUCUUUCACACUCAUCAACUCUACGGUCCAUUUCUCCUGGUUGUGCCAUUGUCAACGAUGACUUCAUGGCAGAGAGAGAUGGCACAGUGGGCACCCGACAUGAAUUUUGUUACUUAUUUGGGUGAUGUCACGUCUCGUAAUGUUAUUCGUGAAUAUGAAUGGUCCUAUCCCUCGAAACGACUUAAAUUCAAUGCCAUUCUUACGACUUAUGAGAUCGUAUUGAAGGAUAAGGCCUUUCUGGGGGCACUCAAUUGGUCUGUUCUCCUCGUGGACGAGGCGCACAGGUUGAAGAACGAUGAUUCACUGCUGUACAAGGCACUGACUGAAUUCAGCACCAAUCAUCGACUUCUAAUUACUGGUACACCUUUGCAAAAUAGUCUCAAGGAGCUGUGGGCUCUCUUGCAUUUUAUAAUGCCUCAGAAAUUCAUCACCUGGGAGGAGUUUGAGAAGGAGCAUGACAAUGCAGCCCAGAAGGGAUACUCCAAACUUCACAAGCAACUGGAGCCGUUUAUCCUCAGGCGAGUAAAGAAAGACGUCGAGAAGAGUUUGCCAGCUAAAGUCGAGCAGAUUCUUCGUGUACAGAUGACGUCACUGCAGAAGCAGUACUACAAAUGGAUAUUGACAAAGAAUUAUAAUGCCUUGAGAAAGGGUGUCAAAGGAUCGACCAUGACAUUUAUCAAUAUUGUCAUUGAGUUGAAAAAAUGCUGCAAUCAUGCAUUUUUGACGAAACCCAUGGAGGGGGACAAGAAGGAGUCCAAUGAAGAUUAUUUGCAGCAGAUUAUUAGGGGCUCUGGAAAGUUAGUAUUACUCGAUAAACUUCUCGUUCGAUUACGCGAAACUGGCCACAGGGUGCUGAUAUUCAGUCAAAUGGUGAGGAUGCUUGAUAUUCUUGGGGAAUACUUGCAGAAGCGACACUUUCCUUUCCAACGACUUGAUGGAAGUAUCAAAGGCGAACUUCGUAAACAAGCGCUCGAUCAUUUCAAUGCCGAGGGCUCCACUGAUUUUUGUUUUCUCCUGUCGACUCGAGCUGGUGGUCUUGGAAUAAAUCUCGCAACUGCUGACACUGUGAUAAUAUUCGAUUCUGAUUGGAAUCCACAGAAUGACUUGCAGGCACAAGCCAGGGCACACAGAAUUGGACAGAAAAAUCAGGUGAAUAUCUAUAGAUUGGUGACGAAGGAUUCUGUUGAGGAGGAGAUCGUUGAGAGGGCUAAACGAAAAAUGGUUCUCGAUCAUCUCGUUAUUCAGAGAAUGGACACCACUGGGAGAACUGUUCUGGACAAAAAAGGAGCUUCUGGAUCGAAUAAUAAUCCAUUCAACAAGGAAGAUCUUAGUGCUAUUCUCAAAUUUGGGGCUGAGGAUUUGUUCAAGGACGAGGAGGAUGGUGACGAGGAGCCGACCUGUGAUAUCGAUGAAAUUUUACGAAGAGCUGAGACAAGAGAUGAAGCUCCAACGACGGUUGGUGAUGAAUUGCUUUCGGCUUUUAAAGUGGCAAGUUUUGCAGCAUUUGAGGAAGAAGCUGAGCCUCUCCCUCUGCCCAAUGAGAAUGACGACGAGAGUAAAGACUGGGCAGAGAUUAUUCCCGAGAAUUUCAGGAAAAAAGUUGAAGAGCAGGAGAAAUCCAAGGAGAUGGAGGACCUUUAUUUGCCACCACGAAGCAGAAAGACAUUGCAGCAGAUUAAUCAGGGAGAGGGAAAGGGCCGAAAGCGUAGAAAAGCUCAGUCAGAUGAUAGCGAGGAGGGUGAGGAUUCCGGGAGUGGUGAGGGUGAAGGAACCGAUGAAGAGAGGCCAAAGAAACGAGGAAGACCUCGAAUGGUGCCUCGUGAAUCAAUCAAGAGCUUCACGGACGUUGAAAUCCGAAGAUUUAUCAAGAGUUACAAAAAAUUUUCAGCACCUCUAAAAAGAUUGGACGACAUUGCUGCUGAUGCUGAGUUGCAGGAGAAACCAAUGACAGAAUUGCGUUAUCUCGGUGAACAAUUGAAGUCCAGGUGUGAUGCGUGCAUAGCAGAGUUCGAGACAACGGCCAAGGAGAAUAAAACUGGCGAUGAAGAGCCGAAGAAGGAGGGAAAGGGUAGAAAACGUGGAAGGGGACCUACAUUCAAAAUGGCUGGUGUUAUGGUGAAUGCCAAGUCCCUGUCAGCUGCUGAGAAGGAGCUGGAACCACUCGAUCAAAUGCUUCCAUCAGAUGCCGAGCAAAGAGCCAAUUGGCACUUCGAUGUUAAACUCAAACCAGCGAAUUUUGACUGUGAGUGGACGUCUGAGGACGACUCGAGACUUCUCAGGGGUAUUUACACCCACGGUAUGGGAUGCUGGGAAGCUAUAAAAAUGGAUCCAAGCUUGAAGCUCUCUGAAAAGAUAUUGCCGAAUGAGAGUAAACCCCAGGUUAAGCAGUUAAAUGCACGUGCCGAAUAUCUCCUGAAAAUACUCAAGAGACAGAUGGAUUCGAAACUAGGUGUUACUAGAACGAGAAAACCGAGGAAACCUAAGGAACCAAAAGUGGCACUUACGAAGGAAAUUGUCGAGGACAACGACAGCUCCGGGGAUGAGAAUAAAAAACCAAAAUCCAAGGUCGAUAAGCAAGUUGUUACAAAGAAAGACGAGGAGAUUCCCAUCAAGAAGGAAAUCAAGGAGGAGAGUGAGAGUGUUGUUUUUAUGGAGGACAAGAAGAAGGAGAAAAAAAUGAAGAAGGAUAAGAAGGAGACUAAAAAGGGAAAGAAAAAGCAGGCAGUUGGCCCUAUGCAUUUCACAGCUAAUAACGAGCCACGAGCUCUCGAUGUACUUGGGGACUUAGAUCCAUCAAUAUUCAACGAGUGCAAAGAAAAAAUGCGACCGGUUAAGAAAGCACUCAAGGCACUAGACAGGCCUGAUCAAACUCUCAGUGAGACCGAACAGCUUGCCCAUACACGAGCAUGUCUAGUUCAAAUUGGUGAUCAAAUAAAUACGUGUCUGUCGGAGUAUAAGGACCAAGAGCAGAUUAAAGAGUGGCGGAGUAAUUUGUGGUAUUUUGUAUCGAAAUUCACCGAGUUUGAUGCCAAGAAGCUUUACAAACUCUACAAACAUGCCACUAAAUCGAGGGGUGAUAGAGAUGCCGAUGCCAGUAUGGCCUCUACCCCAGAGAAGAAAGAGGAUAAUAAAAAGCACUCCGAGAAGCACGAUAAACAGCCGAGUGAUAGUAAAGAAUCGAGAUCAAUAAAACGAAAGGUUGAGGAUAUCGAGGAGAAUUCCAACAGCAGUAUACCCAGUAAAAAGCAUUCAGCAAAUUCAACGGCUAAUUAUAAUUCUCCAGUUGCAUCUGGAGGGCCUACACCACCAGUUCAGCCACCACAAUCAAAUUUAUCGGCCACUGAUAUGAGACACAAAGAACUAAAGGAUCCCAAGCACAAAGAAACGGUCAAGAGGGACAGGGACAGAGACAGAGAUCGUGAGAGAAAUCAUGACAGGCUCGGCAAUGCUCCUGUUAAGGAUGAGAGGAUACGAAGAGAUAGUGGUGGUUAUAGCGUUGGUGGACACUACAGUGGGGGCAGAGAUGAUGACCAUUGGCCACUGCCAAGAGAUGGAAGAGAUCCACGUGAGGCGAGAUUUGGGGAGCAUAAAAGGGACAGAUUUGAGUCUUACGGAAGAAUGCCUGGGGGAUAUCACCGAGACAGGGAGAGAGACAGAGACCGAGAUCGUGAGCGAAUGCACAUCAACGAUAAACGAAGUGAUUAUUACAGGUAUCCAUCAGGCCCGACUGGUGGAUACGGCUACGGUGGCCCCGGAAGUGGUUACGGAGGUGCAAGUAGUGCUAAUUAUCCCCCCACGGAUGUACCCUCGAAUCAUUUUCGUGGCCGGGGUUACACUGGCGAUGGAUAUCCGAAUGACUGGCGAUCUAAUAAGGAUUACAGAAGAGAGUAUGACAGAAGGCCACCACCUCCAAACGGUAACUCCUAGUUUACCUUUCUUGCCACCGUCCUCGAGUGUGUCGUCGCUCGACUCUAGAUUUAUUCCUAAUCAUAGGACAACUCUUCCUUCUCUUUUAUCCGUGUAUUAAUCUAAUUAUUUUAACCCAAACAAUCUACGAGAUACUUUGCUUGUUCGAGAUUUUUUCCCCCCCCUUUUUUUAAAAUUACGAUAACGUGCCAAUGAUCAUUUCGGUUUUAUGUGCAAUUAUGUAUAAAGCACUUCAAUAUUCAGUUUUCGAUAAAUUGUGUACAGAAUAUUGGGCCGACAGUGUCUACAUACCCGCCUUCCUUCGUAUUGGUAUUUCGUUGAAUGCAUGACCACUAGCGUUUUUUUUUUAAUAAUGUUUCGUUGAAAAAUCGUUUAUGUACAUUAACCACACGCGACUGUCACGUACUGUACAGUAUAUGUACAUAUUACUUUCUUAACGUGUAAACAUGGCGAACAAAAUUAUACGGAAAUCUAUUGGAAUGUAAAAGGAGCGAACAGAGUGCCUGGAUGGAUGUAUUUUAAUUUAGGUCGCGUUAAUCCAUUCAUUUGAUUUUCCAGUAAACAAUCAAAUUCAAUAUCAUGUGAUCAUGAUAUUGACAAAGUGAAUGGUUACUAUGAUUGAUAGUCGGUAUAAAUUAGAAGCAUUGACUCGUAUUUUUCAUGUUAUCCACUUCGAACGAAAAUUAAACCUACAGCAUUUAAGCAGAGAAUCAUUGAAUUUUCAUCAAUUGGUGCGCACAUAUCGAUCCACUACGCAAUAUCUAUCUUUGUUCGACAGCAGACAUUGGGAGAUGUUAAUGCAGUAAUUUAAUGCUCUUAUUUUCAUUGCCACUUCAGUGUGCAUUCGUGUACAUAAUAACGAGAUAUUUGUGAAUUGCGGUGACCACGUGGAAGUACGACGUGAGAGGAUUUUGUCUGAGUAUUGAGAUUUGAUGCUGAUCAGGAAGAGAGCCCCGAACUAUAAUUUUCAUUCUUUUUUUCUCUAAUAUUGUGAGGUAUAAACCCAGUUUGCUCGAAAUGACCAUAGUGAGUUUAUAAUUUAUUACUAGCCAAUCAUAAAUCAUGGAUAAUAUUGACAUAAAAUGAUGCAUAAAAUCAAUUCAGAUAUGAAGUUUAAUUACUUGUAAAUAUUAAUUGAGAAAUUUGUAAGUUAAUAAGAAUAAUGAUGAAUUAUGAAGCGGAAUAGACAGGCCGAUGAUCAUAUUGUACCAUUAAAGAACAUAAGUUGCAUUGCUAUAAUGUAUUACUGUAUUUUAUCAAUCUUCAAUGUAGAAUAUUUCUGGAAAUAUAUAAAGUAAAUGAAUUUUCA